GUCAUUGCGCUACUGCCACCAACUAACCACUGAACAUGCUUCGCGUCAUGAGUCGUCUGCCCGGAACUCUGUUCCCAUUCACCUGCGUGUGGUCGGCCACGUUCCCCCUGCAACCCCUGCGGCGUCCGCCGACGCUUCCACCGGAGAUCUGGCUGGAGAUAUUCCAAUGGGCGACGUACGUCUACUCGUCCACGACGUUCGAGCCCCUGGAUCCCUUCAUCGCCAAGCUGCCUCACGACGUCGCGGGGAGCAACGCGCCCAUCGCGGCGAUGCGCACCAAGUGCGCGCUCGUGCUCGUCUGCCGGGCGUGGCGGCGCGUGGCGAUGCAGCUUCUCUACCAGCACCUAGAUAUCAGGAGCCCGGCGCGUGCGGCGAUGCUGCUCCAGACGCUUCGCAGCUCACUGGAGGAACCGGGGUACUGGACGCGCUACAUUGAGGUCAGCGCACACGCGCGCGGAUGCAACGAUAUCCGCUACCUGCAGAAUCUCUUCCGCAUAUUUCAGUACUGCCGUCGGACCCGCGUGCUGAACGCGACGUGGACGAGGACGGCGGUCCCGGUCGAGUUUGUUGCUGCUGUGCGGGCGCUGUACGGGCCGAGCUUGCAGAUGCUGUGUUGGAACGAGAUGCAGGCGCGGACACCGAUUGAGUUUCUUGGUUCGUUCAGUGUGCUUCGUGUCCUUGAUUUGCGCCAGUUCUCCGCCGAUCAGAGCCAGUCCUCUGCUGAGAGGACGGAGAUCCCAUCCCUCACGCAUCUCAUUCUCUCCAAUGAUCCGUCGAAUGUUAAGACUGCUACGAUGCUGCUGCUGCCUUCACUGUGCACUCUGACUCUACAUUGUGCCACGCGUUACGACUGCCCAGUGGUGGAAUCUCUGCUAGAUGCGCACGGCGCAAGGCUGACCACCGUCCAUCUCCCCGUGCCCAACUCGGAGAGCGAAGCCCAUGCGCACAUGCGUUCAUCAACCUUCCUCAUCCCACCGGCAGUCUUCCUCACGCCCAACACGUGCCCUCUGCUCGACACACUGACGUUCGGAAUCCACUCGUCCGUGCUGGUCUUCGAUCCAUCGUCGCCCGUGUCCGAGCCGCAUCUGCACACUGCGCUCCGCCGCAUCGCGAUCUAUUCGGUCCGCGGAGAUUCUCUCUACCCAUCGAAAGGCCCGAACGAGACGCAGAACCACCUUCGCUCGUUCACGCGCGCGGCGUUUCCCGGACUGGAGACAGUCAAGACGAUCGGAUUUAUGGUUGAUGCAGAUGCCGAUACGCUGUUGAAGGACGUGUUCAUCUGGUGGAGCGAGCGAUUUGAGAAGGACGGAGUUGAUUUCCACGAUGGGGAAGGCGUCGUCUGGGCCUACUGUGACGCGGUCCAGGAGGAAAGCAGCAAGCAAAGUUUGUUGGCACCGUGAAUCGGACGUAAAGUUUCAUCAGUCUGCUGCUACUCUUACGCACUCCGGCACUUCUCUAAUUGCUUUCGCUGCUUGUCGAUUUCGAUUCAGAUGCAACAAAAGUCCUAUGUAGUUAAUCCGAAUGAUGCAUUGCGAUGUUGAUCGAUGAUUUUCGUCGAUACUAUCUUGCCCUGCGCUCCCCGUAGCAUGCGGACAGGGCGAUGGGAUGCCGUGUGUGAGAAAGCUACGCAUUUUCCUCGAGGCUCUGAGCUUCUGACGAAGCAUGAUGUGCCUGGGCAGCUGCCUCUACGUGCCAGAGCGAAGUGCAUAGCUACAGAGAUGCCGGCAGUUUGUUUAGAUCUACCGGGGCAGACAUACUGACUCUAGUGCUCUGAAACUCCGCCCCUGGUCAUCUUACGGCGUGGCAGGAUGCACAAAAGAUGGAGUGGAGCGAGAGAGAGAUUCAGACAGGCGAUAUAAUCAGUCCUAACAAGCCAAAGAGAAAGUUUUCCCGAGUUGCCGCCAGAGACAUCCCAAUCUGUGAUCUCAGAAGGGCAAGCUUCUCUCACUGUUCGCAGCCCGAUAUGACUCUCCAGGCCCAGUCCCUGGCUGUUCGGGACCGAAGAUCUUACUUGCCUUCAGCAUGUAGUGGUCGAUUUGAUUUCGGCAAGUGACGGGCUUGCGUGCAUGAUAGGCAUAGGAACUCGAACUGGACAAGACAAGUUGAAACAGGCCGCACUUCGACAUGUUCUGAGUUGACCGAGAUCGCCGGUUGAUCGAAGGAGCCUUACGGAUGAUCGGCCCGGCACGAAAUGUGAUCCGACAAUAUGAAUCUGAUCACCGCCCAGCCCGCCACCGCGUUCAUGAGAAUCGACUGCACACGUCGUCAAUCGCGGACCCCAUCCUCCUCUCGAAAGCCAUGCAAGCUUGCAUCCGCUACAGAAAACCCAAACUCUGUUGCGAACUUCCUGGACGAUGACGUUACGACAGGUGGCUCGAGUCCUCGGCCGAACACCGGCGGGCUCCGCCUUGUCCGCUGCAAUUCUUGCUUCUUCCACCCACCUUGGUCGCCGCUCUCGCCCACCCAUCCGCAGCGCUCAGAAAACGCCCUGCUUCCGUGUACGGCACCUUUAGUCGCAAAUUAAGCUCCUGCAGGCUUGUGGGGCAAACGUGGAGCCAGCGCCUUGCCGUCUACACCCACCCCACCCCACUCGUCCGCGAUGAUUUUUUCCGGAUUUUGGAUAUGGACCUGGACUUGGAUUCUGGCUGGCACAUUCAGAGAGGUCUCUGCUGCUGCCGGCGCCACUGCUGCGGCGGCGAACUACACGGUUGCCGCUGGCUGGUAUGCCGGGUGGCACGCCACAGACCUCCCUUUGACGUCUGUCCUGUGGGACAAGUACACGCACAUGACCUAUGCGUUUGCCGUCCCCACAGAAGACCCGGCAGCGAUCUCGUUGGCUGAUUCGGAUGCCCAGUUUCUGCCGCAAUUUGUGUCUGCUGCCCAUAGAAAUGGCGUAAAAGCCGGACUUUCGAUAGGCGGUUGGGGAGGAUCUCAGUUCUAUUCUAUCAAUCUCGGGUCCAGCGCCAAUAGGACCGCGUUUGUGAAAAGUGUCACGAGUCUCGUGCAGAAGUACGGACUCGAUCUUAUCGACUUCGACUGGGAGUUCCCUGCCACACAGGGCGUUGGAUGCAACACCAUCUCGUCCGAUGAUCCAGCCAACUUCGUGCUCAUGCUCGAGGAGCUGCGCGCCUCUCCCAGCGGCAAGAAUCUGACGCUGACGGCUGCGACCUCCGUGACGCCUUACGCGGAUGCCAACUCGAGCACGAUCGCGCAAUUCGUGGGCGCGCUGGACUGGAUCGUGCCGAUGGUGUACGAUCUGUCGUGGAACUGGACCGCAGGGUCGCCGCGGAUCCAACGUGCGCUGCCGUCCUCGCCGCUGGACGACUCGUGUUAUUCUAGUGUGCCGGAUGCCACGGCUGGUGCGGGGAGCACUGCGGGCUCUGGGCUCUGGGGGCUUGCGGGUCGAGGAAGUGCCCGAUCAGCUGUCGAAGCGUGGGUCGGCAGUGGUGCCCCAGCCAGUAAAAUCGUGCUGGGAAUGCCGGCAUAUGGGCAUUCGUUCAAUGUGAAUGCAUCGGCGGCCUUCGUAGGACCCAAUUCCACGCUGCUCUCGCCGUAUCCCGCUUACGACACGCUGAACCAUUCGAUCGGUGAUUCGUGGGACUCGACGGGGGGAGUGGAUCAGUGCGGGGUCUAUCAAGGACCUGGCGGGACCUGGGACUUUUGGGCACUCGUCCAAGGCGGAUAUCUGCUGUCGAAUGGCAGUGCGGCACCCGGCGUCCCAUAUCGAUGGGAUCAGUGUGCAAGCGUCCCCUACUUGUACAUCAACAAUUCGGGUGGCAGCGGUAGCGGUAGCGGUGGGGUCCUCGUGACAUACGAUGAUCCGCAGAGCUACACCGCCAAGGGCACGUUCGUCAGGGCGAACGGUCUGCGGGGAUUUGCGAUGUGGGAGGUCGCUGGUGAUCCACGGGGAGUGUUGCUCGAUGCCAUUCUGUCUGCACCCGCGCCGACGGGGACUGCUGUGCCUGCGUCAGCUGCCGCCCCUUCUGCUUCUCGGUUGCCAACGAGUUAUGCCGCCACUGGCUUUGUCGUUCCUGGGAUACUCUUUACGCUCUUACUGCCAGCGCUGUGUACGAUAGUGUGUUAAUUAUACAGGAGUAGCCACGCCGACCGUGCCUAUGCCGAAAUCCGGCAACGGCCACCUCCGAUAUCUCGAGUGGACGGUCUCUUGUUCGUCAAGCUUCGUGCAUGACCAUGUCUGCAGCGAGGUUGCUAUCGAUGGAUUCAUUCAUCCCGGUUAGGUAUUCUGUCGUUAUCUGACUCUAUCACCUGAAUCACUUGCCUGGAUGCAACGGGUCGAGCUACAAUCCGAAUCAAUCUGUAGACACGCCGCGUCACUGCUGCAGCUGCAGAUAAUGCGCCAAGAGCCCAUUCUCCGCGACUGUCUGCGCGAGAAAUGGGGGGAGCGCAGUCCGGGGAGGGUGCGGGGAGGCACCGAUGUGCGUAGACUGAUGGGGGGCGGCGUCUCAUAAUAUGUUCGGGGUGCAGAAUGGCAACUUCCGGGGAACCCACGACUGAAGGGGCUAAAUCGGAGAAUGAACUAUCCGGACGGAACCCACAUACAUAGGCACUCCAAGGUUAAUCGCGACAUUUGUGUGGGCCUCGCCUUGACCUCAAGUUCCGUCGAAAGAGGCAGCGGUCCUAUUUUGGCCCAUGCCUCUUCUACCCACAAAACCAGAUAUCAACCGUGCUACUCUGCCAGCCGUACCGCUGGUUCCCACUCGACGAGAUUUGCCGCACAGGACACAAGCCUCUCCCCGGCAGAUGGCCACCGCCAACCUCAAGUUCGCGCCCCUUCGUUGAGCCGCUUUGGGGCCACCAGUUCUGACCAUGCUGUUUUAAGUGUGAAUUACGACGUGACGAUUCGGCAGCAACCCUUGCACGCCAGGAUAUCGGCCUUGAAGGUUUCGGGUGAGAAAUCUCUCUGCUUGCUCGGCGACAGAGGGGAGGGGAGGGUCCUGAUGCACCCUUGAUUCCAGCAGAUCGUAGGCCUGUUGACCCGCCUAUCAUCGUCCAGCUCCGGGUCACUGAACCCCAGGAUAAUGGCGCAGGGCUUCGAGGGUGAGUGCCAUUCACCACGCUUGGACCUCUGCUGAUGAUGUGGUUGCAGAUCGCACCUGACGAAUCCGUACUACUUCAUGUAUGCAGCCUUGGUUUCCAAGGACGACGACGUCGAGAUCAAAUGUGUCAGUCCGGCGCAGCCGCUGCUUCGCUUCUGUUCUUCUUCUUCCCCUUCUUCCCAGCUUAUCUUAUCUGUGAUCUAGGACGGAGGGAGACCAAGCACAUCUGGCGCCCUUGUCUCGUCCAUCCGUGUGCUCAAGGACCACCCCAACUCAGACCAGGACGCAGCGUUCUUCAUCUUCCCUGACAUUUGCGUGCGCAUCGAAGGCAGCUGGCGAUUCAAACUAAGCUUAUUUGUGAUCGACGGGUGCGUGGUCCGCGCAUCGAUCUGUCACCAGCCGUGGCAUCCUAAAACCCAUCCUCGCUCAGUGAAUCCGUGAAACUCUGCAGAACGACGUACUCCAAUCCGUUCUAUGUCUAUCCUGGCAAGCAAUACCCGGGGGUCCAGGGUGCGUCGCGGGUCUUGUGCGAGGCUACAGCGGUUGUAACGAUCCCCGUGUACAUUAGUCUCGACACCGCUCACACGCGCUCUGGCUGCUCAGGGCGUCAAACUCCGCAUCCGGAAGGAGAUCAGAGACAAGGGGCCUACCAGCGGGGUCCAGCUCAAGGAAGAAUCGACGACGCCCGAGUUCCAGCAGGAAGACGACGACGACGAUCUGCUCGACGCCAAAUCGCCCCCGAAACGGCGCAGGACGUACCCCGAGGACGAGCUGCUUUGGUCCUGUGACUCGGCCGGGUCCUUUCCGGACCAACAGCCGUCCUCGUACCCGAGACCAGGCCCCUCCAAGAUGUCCCCGUUCGAAGGUCUGCCGCAGAGUCGCCGCGCGUCGGAGCCCCAGUCCGCGCACCGCUCAGCGUGGUCGCGCGAAGGCUACGAGCCGAAUGUGAUGGUCGCGAUGACCAAGCCCCCCGUGUCGGACUGGGAGCCGAUGCGUCCCGCGCAUCCGUCCCCCGAGCACACGCAUGCUGCCGCACCAUCCUACGGCUCGAAUUAUCCCCUGUCGAUCCAGUCGCAGAGAUAUCCGACGGCGUGGUCGGAUAGCAGAAAGGACCACCACCACCAUCAGCAGCAGCAGCAGCAGCAGCAGCAGGGGCUGUUCCCGCCCCCGCCAGCAUUCUGGCCAUCGGACCCGGGCACAGCCAGGUCCUCGAGGGUCGCCGAUCCGCACCAGGCCGGGGGGACUGUCGUCGGGCAGCGCACCCCGCUCUGGACGUCGCGGCCCAUCUACUGACGCUACCUGCCGCUCACGACGAUCAUCAUCAUCAUGCCCACAUUUUCUUUAUCAUACGUGUUGAGUAAUCACUGUAGCCUGCCAUCAAGAUCGUGUACUGUACUUAGAUAGAGGUCAAAG